CAUCUUUUCUCGUUUUCUCUGUGAAAGAAAUUGGCUUUCUUGUUUAUUGAAUUUGGUAGUUGAAGAAUAAAAACUAGGGUCCUUGUUACAGAUGGAAAUAGAUGAAGAUGGUGAAAAUGAAGAUGAAGAUAAUGGGUAUAUUAACGUUUGAUUUGAUGUAGAAGGUGCAUGGCAUGUGCUUGUGGAAAUGCCUGAAACAUGAACUUUGGGUUUUUUAAAAUGUGGAUGAAAAACAGACAGGAUAUACCAAUUAGGCCUGUCCUUUUGAAGUUUGGGGUGGCUUUUGUUAUUUCUAUUGGUGGCAUUGUUUUCACACUUUUCAGAAGCAGAAUAAUUAGGCCACCUCAAUCAAAACCUUCACACCCUUCUCCAGGUACCAACAGCCAGACUUAUUCAAGAGUCGAAAGCGGCGAGUUCAGGGAUGAUCGUGUUUUUCUGGAUUCACCCCUCAAGAAAAUAGCUUCCAACAACUCCAUCAGCGACCCAAGCCCUGCACUUGAAUCCUCAAAAUCAUGUUCCGAUCACGAGCAUGAAAUCAAACAUCUCCAGGCCCAUGUCAAAACCCUCGAGGAGAAAGAAAAGAAUCUCCAAAACCAGCUCCUUGGGAAAAACGGCCUCAAGGAUCACGAAAAUGCCAUAGUCGAGCUCAAAAACCAGUUGAGGCAGAACAACAUAGAGGCCAAGCACUAUAACCUCAAGAUCGAGUCCCUGAUAUCGAGUAACAAGAAGCUUGAAGCCCGAUUAGUCGACUAUGAAAAUGUCGUGACUGAGCUUGAGGGGGCUCGGGGAAAGGUGAAGGCAUUGAGGAAUAAACUAAAGUCAGCGGCCGAGCAGAAUCAAGAGCAGAUUGUGGUGCUUCAGGAUAGGGUGAUGAGGCUCAAGGAUAAGGAGAAGAAGACGGACGAGAUCAAUCAGGAGAUGGAAGCUGUGGUGAGGGAGAGGGAGGAGCUUAGGAGGGAGCUUGAGGAGAUGAAGAAGUCGAACCAAAGCUUAAGGCUUGAGAACUCGGACUUGGCUCAGAAGUUGGGUUAUGUGCAAAUGCUUGCUACGACUGCUUUGGACAAUGAAGAGGUGCUGGAACUGCGUGAAGAGAGGAAGAGACUGCGGAAGCAGAACGAAAGCGUCAAGGAGGAAAUGAAGCAGCUUCAGGCCAACCACCGGUCAGACAUGGAGGAGCUCGUCCACCUCCGUUGGGUCAACGCUUGCCUACGUCAGCAGCUCCGCAACCCGGACAAACCCCUCCACUCCUCAACCUCCGACCUCGAGUCGUCCUCCCAAGCCUCGUGCCUCACGGACGAGUCAGCCCCCGAGACCAACAAAACCGAGGGGUUGAGCAAGCAGAAGGUGUUCGAGAAGCUCAAGAAGCUGCUGCGAAGAGGAGGGAAGGGGCAAAACGGUAAAAAGACGAAGCUGGAGAGGGCGGCGUCGGUGGACGAUAUUGCGGGGAAGCUGGAGAGCGAGUUUUUGCAGUUGGAGGGCGGGAGUGAGUCGUCGUCGGUUACGAGCAGGCGCUCGUUCGACAUGCCGAGAUUGGGGUCGAGGGGGCGUAAGGGGCCCGUGGGCCCGUGGGAGAGCAGCAAUUGCUCGUCUAGGACUAUGGGCUCACUGACGGAGGAGGAGGAGGACGAGUAUUGGUUGCCUGGUGGGCCUCAGGUGCAGGAAGAUGUGAAGAAUAAGCUGCUCAAGUAUGCGGAAACUUUGAACAGGGCCCACUCCAAGAAGUUUCCUAAACAGGCUGCUGGUUUUGGGUAAUGUUGAUUUUUUUUUUUUUUUUCUUAUGUAGUUUUUGUUGUGUGUUUGUGUGUUUCUUGUUUAUGCAGAAGGAUGUGUUGAUAUAAGAAUGAGUGUACAUAUGGUAAAGUUGUCUUGUUGUUGCUCAUGAUUGCCACGGGUAAUUCAUGUUGACACUUACUUGCGUCCCACAUCGAGAUGAACUGAUUUUGCAGGAGGAGGCCUCAAUUUGUGAUUCCAUGAGCUUGAGAACACUGUAUUUUUUAGAAGAUCUUCAUUGGGUAAUUGGAUGUUUUUAGUUAUGCUCUCAGGCACUGAAUUAGUAUUUUCAUUGGGAUUAAGGCAAUGGGAAACUCUUUCCCUUUCUUUCCAAGCUAACUAAGUAUGCAAUGCAAUAAUUCAAAUUCUC